AUGGUCUAUAUUUACCGAAUUCUGGCAAUCAAGAAGUAUUCUGUGAGAGAAAAAAGAUUUGUACAUCAUUUUCAAUGCACCAUAUGGCCAGAUCAUGGUAUCCUAGAGGAACCAGCAUCUUUCAUUGAAUUCCGAAAUAAAGUACAAUUUUCACCAUCUUCAAAACCACCUUUUGUAGUCCACUGCAGUGCUGGUGAUGGAAGAACAGGGACUUAUAUUGCAUUAGAUAUUCUUUUGGAACAAUUAUGGAAGAAACCAACCAUUGAUAUUUUUUCAUGUGUCAAUCAACUUUGUCAGCAAAGGGCAUUCAUGGUACAAAACAAAAUUCAGUAUCAAUUUAUCCAUGAUGUUUUAGCUGAAGAGAUUUUGACUGGCUUCUCAGAGAUUUUUGUUACUUCCAUUCCUGAGGAGUUUAAGAAACUGAAAACAAGCAAAGCAAAUGGGGAAAAAGCAAUGCUUAAAAAGCAAUAUGAGGAAUUCAUAUUUCCACUGAAUCAAUUUCAUCCAACAGAAUCAUAUCAAGAGCCAAUAUUUACAAAUGUUGAGAUAAAUAAUGUUUCUUCAACUAAACAGAAUGCACUUGAACCAGUUUAUGUUGUUCAAUUCCAGUCCAAAAUUUGGCAAAGAAAGCAGCUUCCUUUUCCAUCUGAUCUCAUUGAACUCAUUCAAACUGUUACUAAUUCUUGUGGACUAAGAAAACAACUUCUUAUUCAUUGCAAGGAUGGCAUCACCAAAAGUAGUAUUUUUUGUGUUCUAUGUGUGAUGAUUUGCAAGAUAAGAAUGAAUGAGACGGUCAGCAUAUUGAGACUUCUUCGUACCAUGAAGAAAAAAAAUCCACAAAUUGUCACUGACUAUGAGUCAUACAAAUUCUGCUGGUCAGUUGCUGAAAUACUGCAAGAUGAAAAUUCCACUUAUUAUUCCUACUGUCAUUCCCAGGAAAUAUCCGAAAUAGUCUAA